AUGGGCCUGGUCUCAACAGGGGACGAGUACUGCCGACGUGGAGAUCAGGCUCUCCAGGAUCUGGACCACGUCGUCAAGGUGGUCGACGACAUACUUGUUUACAAUGAGGCAAUCGAAGACCACGUAGACUGUUUACGAGCUGUUGUCACACAAUGCCGCCAAUAUGGCAUCACGAUCAACGAGAAGAAGUUCUGCUGCGCACAGGAAGAAGUCUUCUUCUGUGGCUUCAGCCUGUCUUCGGUCGGGAAGGAGAUCAACUCGGGCAAGAUCACAGCCAUCACCAACUUCGCAACGCCAACCAACAUCACCGUGCUGAAGUCUUUCAUGGGGCUCGCUCAGCAGUUCGGAAACUUCUCCAUCGAUAUAUCAUCCGCUGCAGACGCGCUUCGUGGUUUACUGAAACCUUGA